AUGAACUUCUCCAAUGUGGAUCCUUCCCACAGUGUCAAGUUCUUCACAAACCGCUUCGGGACCCUCCAGCCCACACACAUGGCCUGCUACGACCUCUGCCGCCCCUGCGGACCCACCCCGCUGGCUAACAGCUGCAACGAGCCCUGUGUCAGGCAGUGCGAGGACUCCCGCGUCGUCAUCCAGCCCUCCACCGUGCAGGUCACCCUGCCAGGACCCAUCCUCAGCUCCUUCCCACAGAACACCGCCGUCGGAUCCUCCUCUUCGGCUGCCGUGGGCAACAUCCUCGGCUCCCAGGGAGUGCCCGUCUCUUCCGGCCGCUUCGGCUACGGCUACGGCUAUGGCUUUGGAGGCCUGGGCUGCUACGGUGGCAUAAGGGGCUGCUACCCCUGCUAA